AUGAAUACAUCAUUAGUUUCAGUGCCGGAGCUAAAGUCAGCUCCGAUCUGGUUAGAGCUAAGGAACGUGCCAUUUCAAUUCUUCAAUGAGGAUGGGCUUGAACGCAUAGCAGGUCUGGUCGGCCAUCCUAAGUUCCUGCACCCGUCGACUGCUAAUAAGACCAACUUGGAAGUAGCAAAAGUUUUCACCAUCAUUGACCCGAGACUGCCUCUACCUGAAGCGGUAAACGUACAAUUCGACUCUGGUGACAUCUGUCGUGUGCUUGUGUCAAGUCCAUGGAUGCCUCCAAUCUGUGGCCAAUGCAAUGAUAUUGGUCAUAACACCAGAAGUUGUAAGAAAGCACCAAAAUUGUGUGCUUCUUGUAAGUCUGAGACGCAUGAAACCUCAAACUGUCCGAAGGUCAAACCUGCAUCAGCUAACGGAUCAGGCAAGAAAACCCGUAGAGGGAGAUCUACUUCUAAAGCCAGAAUCCCUCAGGUUCCGCAGGGAAAUUUCAGCUCUGCAUCAGCCCAAGUCUACAGACCCAAGCUGAAAUCCAACGGCAUGAUACAGGGGAGGCAAAGUGUCUUGGAAGAAGGGGGUACUAGUAAUUCAUCUCAACGUCCAGAAGACUCAGAAACAGUUGGUCAUGUCUCGCCCCAGCUACCUACUAAAACUGCGCCUGCUGAUACUGAUGCUUCACAGCAAACAAAUACUACUCAUCCACGUGAUCCGGCGUCUCGGGCAUCCUCUGUUUGCUCUGAUGCUGAACCUGACUCCUCGGAUACUGAUUCGUCGGGGUCUGACGAGGAGGAGGGAGAGAUUCUGGAGUAUGUAAAGGACCCAAGCUUCAAAAUGAAGAAUCGACAUUCGGGUAGAAAUAAAUCUCGGGGCAAGGCCCCAUCAAAUCUUUAA